CCAGCAGCUGUUACGCGAACGAGAGAGAAUAGUCGAAAACGAAAGCCGUGAAAAUGUUGCGUACGUUGUCGCGCGUUAGUGAAUUGCCAAUUAUUGUUAAGCAAUUGCAAAAAAAUGCAGCACAGGCCGGUGUCGCAAAGACCAAUAAUUAUGCCACCGAAGCGACCGUGCAAGUGAAUCGACCCUUUAAGCUGCAUCGCCUGGAAGAAGGUCCGGAGACGACAGUGAAGCUAACAAAGGAUGAGGCGCUCAAAUACUACACACAGAUGCAGACGAUUCGGCGCAUCGAGACGGCUGCUGGCAAUCUGUACAAGGAGAAGAUCAUUCGCGGCUUCUGCCACUUGUAUUCCGGCCAGGAGGCCUGUGCGGUGGGCAUGAAGGCGGCAAUGCGCGACGUGGAUAACAUUAUAUCGGCUUAUCGUGUGCACGGCUGGACAUAUUUGAUGGGCGUGCCGCCGCUGGGCGUGCUCGGCGAGCUGACGGGCGUCCAGAGCGGUUGUGCGCGCGGCAAGGGCGGCUCCAUGCACAUGUACUGCCCGAAUUUCUUUGGCGGCAACGGCAUCGUCGGCGCCCAAGUGCCCCUCGGCGCUGGUGUCGCCCUCGCCUGCAAAUACAAGGGCAACGGCGGCAUGUGCCUGGCUCUUUACGGCGACGGUGCUGCCAAUCAGGGCCAGGUCUUCGAGGCCUACAACAUGGCCUAUCUGUGGAAGCUGCCCGUUAUCUUUGUCUGUGAGAACAACAACUAUGGCAUGGGCACCAGCGCGGAGCGCGCCUCCUGCAAUACGGAUUACUAUACGCGCGGCGAUGCUCUGCCCGGCAUCUGGGUGGAUGGCAUGGAUGUGCUGGCCGUGCGCAGUGCCACAGAGUUCGCCAUCAAGUAUGUGAACGAGCAAGGACCGUUGGUAAUGGAGACGAACACCUAUCGGUAUUCGGGCCAUUCCAUGUCCGAUCCCGGCACAUCGUAUCGCACACGCGAGGAGAUCCAGGAGGUGCGCCAGAAACGUGAUCCCAUUACCUCCUUCAAGGAGCUGUGCAUUGAAUUGGGUCUGAUUACCACCGAUGAAGUCAAGGCGAUUGAUCUGAAGGUGCGCAAGGAAGUGGAUGAAGCCACUGCUCAGGCCAAGAACGGCACCGAAUUGCCCGUUAGCCAUUUGUGGACCGAUGUAUACUCCAACAAUUUGGAGCCCAAGCUGCGUGGCACCAACGGCUACGACAUAGAUCACAUCCAGGAGCGAAAGGGUGUAAAUCAUUAGGAGGUUAAGGAGCAACGAUUCUUUAGCACCACACACACACACACACACACACACACGUGCAUACAUAAAGCAAGCGAAAUCUCUAGAUCAUAAGCCCAAAGUUGAUGUUAGAAAAAUUUUGUUUUCCAAAUAGUUAAAAUCCAUUGCGUAUACUAUACGAUUUUAUACAACUAUGCGCAUAUAUUGUGAAUGAUGCGUGCGAUUGUGAAUGCAAUAUAAUAUUUCGUAUAGCCUUAAAUACAGACACACACAUACAUACAAGUUCAAAGACACGCAAAGACAACGUAGUUAACCACGAAUUAUUCACACCCUGCCCACUCCCAUACACACUCAACCACACAACAUGGGCCAGUCAGUGGCAACAGCAAUGGCAACGGAUAUUAAUUAUAUGAACGUGUUCAAUUUGGUUAAAGCGAGGUGUAAAUUGUUGAAAUAUAAAUUAACUACAUACAUACGUA